AUAUACUUCCUCUUACGACUUGUUCCUCAAUUCCAGGCCCCCUUUUACACGGUUCACUCGAAAAGUGCAUCUAAGAGCGAUAUACGCGUACUUAAAGCUAUCAUCCGCUGUUGUCUUGCUCUGAAUAUGCACAUAAUGAGUGCAGGACCAACUACACUGUUAGCAUCAAAUGACUUCCUCACUUUUUCAAAUUCUCCUAAUGCAUUCUCAAGUCCCUCCCAGCUGAGGAAACGCCUCCUCAGCAUUAUUUCACCAAAAAUUUACCUUACGUCUGUGGUGCUUUCAAUUGCAUUGAUUACCUGCAAUGAACUUCUAAAAAGGCUUCGUCAAUAAGUACCAAUUUCUGCCACAGCUAUCUAAACGUAAUUCCGUAAAAAUCGCAAUAUUACAAUAUAUGACUGAGAAAUAUCGAUCAAGAAAGUGUAACACGUAUAACCACAACUCUAGAAAAGCAUAAGAACUCACGGGUUCGUAGACAUCGACAGCAACCGAUAGGCCAACCAAUCUCAACCGAGUGUAUGAUGAAACAAGCCUUGUACAUGCACAAAAAAGUAAAAGAAAACGUUCGAAUAUUCUUAUGUUACAUUCAUGUGCAUCACAUCUGCUUGCAAACGACGCACGACGCCACCACACGAAUCUGCACACGACAUCACCUACCUAGGCCCAUUCAAAUAUCAAACUGACCGCCACGGUUUCAGCCAAUGAAAGACGAGAGAUCUUGAUGAGCGCUAUAUUUAAAACGCGGUAACGUAUAUCCUCACCAUAGCAACGGACAUAAAUGUCGCAGUACUUCAUUAUUUAUCGUCAUGUGGAUUUAAUGGAUAAUUAACUUAAAUGAGUGAAUCAGAAAUACUUGAAGAAGAUAGUUUAAAUGAAAUCAACAGUGGUCAAGAAAGUGAUAGUGAAGAGAUUAACCAAAAGAAAAAGCAUGAGAACUAUUAUUCACUGAAUACCAAUACUAGAAACAACAACAAUGGCUAUACCACCACCAACAGUUUACUUGACUUCAGUGAUGACAAUAAUGACAUGCUAGUAUUCUCUUCUGAAAAUUAUAAUCUCUUUGCUAAUACAAUGAAAAAGAAUGAUGAAUUUACACAAUCUCAGUCAGUCCCACCAUUAAAUUUACUAUCUGAAGAUGGUAGUAUUAUUGAAGCCACUGAAUCAUGUAAAGAGGCAUUUGAUAUUGACCUAAGAGCUAAAUGUCAUACACCCUAUUCUCCAGAAGGCCGUGUUACUCAGUCAAAGGAUGAAAACAUUUCAACUCAUUGGAACCAUUGCAGUGAAAAGUUACAGAAAUUGCGAUUAGAAAAGAAUAAUUCUGGUAAUGGUAGUAAAAGCCCACCGACCACAUUGAAGAAAAACUAUCAAUAUGGUGAACCGAUUAUGGUUGGUGAAGAUCUUAUUGGGCGUCAACUAAUUUAUAAAAAGAAGACAAAGACAAAAUUAAAUUUCAUUGCUUCAAAUAAAUUGAAUAUUCGUCAAGGAAACGUUAGAAGCUGUUCUAAAACAUACGGUCAACUAUACAAAGUGAAGUCACAAUUACAACAAUCUGGAUCAUCAAAAGCUCUUGGUCAUUAUGAUCUUUCACCUUGUCCAACUUCAAAGAUGACAAUGAAUGACAGAGAAUAUUUUCAAUCUGACCCAGUGUUAUUUACACAUGGAACACUUUUGAAUGAUGAAGAAGAUGAUAUGUAUGCAAUGAGAUAUAAUUCUACACUGAGACUGCCACUCUCACCGCCGCCAUCUUCAACUUAUUCUCAAACAAAGUUACUACCUAAUAUAAUCGAACCACUUUUUGUUUUUAAUACUGAAGACAACUUUCGAAGAGAAAAUUAUUCAGUCAAUCAGCCAACUGAAUCCUACUGGCAAAUGCAAGAGGCAAAUGAACAAUUCAUGGCUAAGCAUUCGAGCAAUAACAAUCAAAUUGAAAAUGGUGGGAAAAGUGUUAAUGGCAUUAGUUAUCCGACUUCAGCAUCAGGUGUGUUUCGUAUGGGCAUAUUACAACAAGCAGAAUUGGCUAAAGCUCAUAGACAGUUUUGUCACAAGUAUCAUUCUUCUUCUGCUGCACCACCAGUGAGGACGCGUUUGCAUGCAUUAUGUUCGCCACAAUUGAACGCAGAUCAAGCUAUCCAAACACAUUUCGAAAGUAACAACAAACUGUCCAUAAAUAAAUAUUCUUAUACCUCAAGAAACUCUUAUAAUCAAAAGCCUUCAGUUCGACACUUGCAAACACAGCAAAGGUAUACGUAUAAAGAUUAUAGUUUACUACCGUCGAUGCAGUCGAAAUCUCGUGGAUUAGGCCCAGAUACAGACAAUGAUGAAUAUCGCUUGAAGCUGGCGCGGAAAAUACGACAAGAUCUUUAUUCUGAACAUAUUAGGAAGCUCCAGAGAAAAUCUAAGACGAAAUCACUUCACCCUGAAAACGGUGUACAAAGUAAUGGUCCAUGUGACAGUCAUUGUGAUUCGUCUACUAAUGACAAUAAUCAUAAUAAACAAAGUGAAGGAAAAGUAGAUCAAGGGGCUAAUCACUGCUCGACUGAAAAUCAUCCAACUCAGGACGUGGGAAAUAAAUCUACUGAUCAAAAUGGCCAUGUGAAUGAUGAUCAUGAAAAUGAAUCAACUUGUCAGAAUGGCUGUGUACCUAGUGUUAGUCAGAGUAAAUCUGAUAAUUUUCACCUAACCCCUCUUUCGAACUAUCUGUCCUCUAGAAAUGCCAAGAAUGUUGAGUGUAGAACUGGGACUGCACGAAGUUCUGCGUUGUCUAAAGAAGACUUAGAAAAGGCAAAAGCAGCAGAGAAACGUUUGGCUAUGCUCAGCUACGCACAACAUGUUAGAAAGCAACUUCAUGAUCAAAUUCACUCAAGCCAGUCUUCAUCUAACGCAUUGAAACAAAAACAGAAAUGUAAGAAGAAUAUGGGAAGUCUUGGUGAAUGGAAAUCGUUUUCAAAGUCAGACGUAGAAUUGUCAGAAAUGUUACACAGACACGAAGAAUACAGAAAACGAUGUGAAGAAAUACAAAAAUCUUUGAGAAUUGAAGUCUGAUUGCACUUAAAUCAUUUACACUUUGUCUUUCAUACUUUAGGAAUUGUUUAUUCAAAAGGUUUUGUAAUCUUUUCAAAUUUAUAACUGUAAUUCUUGUAUAUAAUUUGAAUACUUUGUGAUGAAG